UCAAGAAACAGGGUCAGACAGGCAUUAUCUCCUGUAUUGCCUUCAGUUCUUGUCAUUCCAUGUACGCCUGUGGGUCGUAUUCUCAUUCGGCCGGCCUUUACUCCUGUGAGGACGGUUCUCUGCUGGCUCUGCUGCCCGCACGACACCACGGAGGCCUUACACACCUGCUGUUCUCACCCAACGGCUAUCACAUGUACACGGGUGGUCGCAAGGACUCGGAGAUCCUGUGCUGGGACCUCAGAGACCCGGGACAAGUUCUGUUCUCCAUGCACAGGAACGUCAGUACAAACCAGCGGAUCUACUUUGACCUGGACCAAUCUGGCCGAUAUCUUCUGAGUGGGGACACAGACGGUGUGGUGUCAGUGUGGGACACCCUCACAGAUGACUCAGAUACUGUCAAUAGGGCUAUGUUUAAUAUGUUUGCCAGAGCUUGCAGUGUGCACCCUUUCAUGCCAUUGGUGGCUUCAUCCAGUGGUCAGCGUAAGUUCUGUUGGCCGUCUGACAGUGAGGACUCGGAGUCUGAUUCAGAGGAGGGGAAUGUGAUGUCAUCAAACGGCGUACAACAGGACAAUGCUCUGGUGCUGUGGUGGGCCUGCCCAUUGGGCUCAACCAAUGAGAGGGGGCAGGAGGAGGAGUCAGCAGUUAUUGAGAGCUAGAACUUUUGAUUGUAAAACUGCACUGCUGAUGACCCAUAGUCUACUGCCAAACCUAUAAUGCUGUUUGUUUAGGUGAAGGGUGGUAAGAUAGUAAUUCUGCAUCGAUUUUAAUUGUAGAAUAGCUGAUUUUUUUAAAUCCUUCAAUUUUUUUGCGGU